AUGGUUUCAGGUGCGGCUGCUCCAGUCACUUCCAACCCUUCCGCUAGAGUCAUAUAUUUGAUUCGAGGGCUUGCUUCUGAAGAAACCCGAGAGCAAUCACUUGACGUUCUUUGUAAGAAUAGACUGACUUAUGACAAUUUGGCAGUGCUGUUAUGGAAAUCUUUUGGUACUAUGAGUGUCCUUUUGCAGAUAAUAACUUCAGCUUACCGUGCACUGUCAUCCGACGGCCUUACUGAAAAAGCUCUAACACAAGUCUGCAAUGCAAUAGCCCUUUUCCAGUCUGUAGCUUCUCACCCUGAUACAAGGAUUCCAUUUAUCAGAGCUACAAUGCCAGUGUAUCUGUAUCCCUUCUUGAACACCAUGAGCAAUGAAAGGAGCUACGAAUGUCUAAGGAUUACCAGCUUAGGUGUGAUCGGGUCCCUAGCAAAGGUAGAGGAUGCAGAAGUGAUAGAUUACCUGCUUUCAACUCAAAUAUUUCCCAGUUGCCUACGCUGCAUGGAGGUUGGCAAAACAUUGUCAAGAACAGUGUCCACAUUUAUAAUUUACAGAAUCUUACUAAGUGAGAAAGGGCUCAAGUACUGUUUCGUUCUUGCUGAACGAUAUCUCUCAGUAUCCCAAUGUUUGGGGAAAUUGGUUGAAAACCUUAGUGAAGAUGAUGCAGAAAAUUUGCCUUGCCUCCUCAGAAAUAUCAUCGGAUGUUACCUCAGGCUCUCCGAAAACGAAAGGACAAGGCCACAAUUGUCGAGCUACGUUCCAUGGAAGUUGUUAGAUGGCAAAUAUGCUAACAUCGUUCGGAGUGAUCCAAAGGCUCUUGCUAACCUACGACAAUUGGUUUGCAAUUUAAGGACCAGCAAGAGUUGUGCAACCCACUGUACCGACGAGCCACCGACUAGCAGCAACUCACCCGGGCCGUCCAUUCCAUGAUGUUUGCCUUAUUCAGACUGGGCAAGGCAGUGACGGGAACAUACAAUAAACAAUAUCAUAAUUUCCCCACAUUAUCAUGUGUAUGACAUGUUCUAAUUG